AUGCGAAUCAUCGCAUCGUUGUUGAUUGUGAUGCUGCUUGCCCCGGCUACGGCUAUGGCCGAUGGUUGGUCGUUCAAGAACUUGUUGCCCUCGAGCAAUAGUGGAUCGAGCAAGACCGCCAUGAUGAAUGGGCGCCCGUUGAUUGGCAGCCCCUAUCAAAAGAAUACUACGAAGAAGAAAAGUAACGACGGGCCUUCGGUGUUCGCCAAAGUGGGUGAUGGGACCAAGACGUUCUUCGCCAAGACAACCGAUGUACUGACGUUUCAAUUCUUGCGUGACGACUCGGAAGAAGAGUCGACGAGCCGGUACCCGACGUGGCAGCAGAGUUCGUCGAACUCGAAUUCGAGGUGGUCGAAGCAGGACGAAGAGGAGGAGCCCGGCUGGUUCAGUUCGCUGUUCCAGAGGGAAGAGAACUCGCUGCGGCUGAGCAUGCUGUUGGUGCUGCUAAGUGCGGCAUCGGCCGUCGGGUGUUCGUCCAUCGACUUGCCGCCAGACGCCAACAUCGUGGCGGACGAUUCUCACGAAGACGCAGAACGCUUGGCCGAAGUGCGCGAGACGGCGCUGGCCGACCCCUUCCCCACGGCUGCCGAAGCCGGGUUGGAUUCGAGCGGCGAAUGA